UUACAUCAAAGAUGGACAUCGAUCAUCGUUGUUCGAUGGCAAAUUUCUUUGUUCCAUCCUGGAAAACUUUCUCUGAACUGGAACGCGGCGAUCGCGGUCGCGAUCAUUUAUUCGUGGGGUCACGAAACGUCGACGACCACGACGACUACGAUGAUCGAUGUCUGUCUGUACGAUCGUCGAUGACUACAAUGAUGACGACGAUGACGACGAGGACGACGACGACUACGACGACGAUGCGUCAUAGAACUUUGUUAAUCAAAUUUUAGUAAAUAACUAGUAUUGAACAACUCAGCUCAGCGCUGUGAUUCAGUACUAUGACGAUGUAAAGGAACGGAACGGAAGUGUAUUAUGCCUGCGAGAUGGAAAGGUUGGGGAAAAAGCGUGUGUCAUCUACGGCGGCGAUUAGUUUGGACUUGGACUCUUGGACAAGUGGACACGGCUCGGCAAUCGUGGUACGCGUGGCCAAGAUGGUGGUGGUAACGGUAAUGGGCGCACUACGAUAAUCGGAGUCGGUCGGAACCAGCCGGAUCUCUUCGAGUUGCUCCUCUCUUUAAUUGUUCGCGGUAGCUUCCACUCGAAGGGUGUUCCUAUGCAAACGCAUUGAUGGUACAUCGCAUCGCGAUUAGUGAUGUCAAUCCGCUCCUCUGUUGAUGACAUCGUUUGAGCGUAAGAAAGAGAGAGCGAGAGAUCGAGGGAAAGAAAAAAAGGGUGAAGAAGAAGAUCGGUCGGUAUCGGUGUAUCUGUUGUGCCGCAUCAAUCUGUGCCGUGCUGCUGUGGCGUGCUGUGGCCGCUGUGGGAUCCCGCUGGUGCGCCACUACGCCGUCCAAAAAUAGAUAAAUGAACAUGACGGCGAGCGUGCCAUCCUUGUUGUCGUCGGUGGUUCCACGCACUCCGUAAUAACAAUGCACAAUUAUUAAAAGGUUCCAGUGCCAGAGAGAAAUGGAGGUGCUUAAAACCAGCCAAGAGAUCGUGCACGAAGGGUGGCUGAUUAAAUCGCCACCCACGAAACUUUGGCGAGCGCGAUGGAGGAAAAGGUGGUUUGCUCUUCGGCAUAGCGGUGAAUUGCCUGGACAAUAUUUCCUGGAGUAUUACAGAGAUAGGAGAUGUAGAAAGCUAAAGGGUCGUAUCGAUUUAGAUCAAUGCGAACAGGUAGAUGCCGGAUUAAGAUUUGAAAAUCGAAAACAAAAGUACCAAUACAUGUUCAAUGUUAAGACACCGAAAAGGACAUACUAUUUGGUAGCAGAAAGCGAAGCUGACAUGAACAAAUGGGUAGACGCUGUAUGUCAAGUUUGUGGCUUAAAGGCGUAUACUCAGGACGAGGAACAACAAUGUCAAAUGUUUCAAUUUGAAUCGCAAGAAUCACCACCAAUUUCACCGACCAGCACCAUUUCCGGGCCUUAUAUUCCUAUCAGCGAAUGCAUUUCCGGUCGUCGUCUAAACGAUACGAGUUCUCUGAAUUCGGCAACGAAUUUGGGACAAGGCCCCGAGCAUUACGAUGCACCAAGGCGAUUGGCACCCUCUCCUCCCAGGUCACCGACGACCACCGAUGCCGAAAGCGUUUUCACUGACGACGAAUGGACCGCGCCAGUGCCUAGCGUCAAUUGGGAAACGUUUCCGUCCUCGGGGAGCGGCCAGUCGAAACAUCUGCAUGUUGGUAGCAGUAGUACGAGCGACACCGAGAUCGAUUCGUGGAGGGUUCGGAAGCGAUUUGGAAAAAUGAAAAUCGUCGAUCCGUCGUCGGUUCCAACACCGCCUACUACAGCAGCGGCUGAAAAGUUACCCGCGCCGCCUAGGCCGCCGAAACCACCUCACAUGUUACCUGAUAAUCCUGGUCAUAAUUAUUUAAAUUUGGAUGGUGCCACCGAAAGUUCAAAACCCACUACUCCGGCAACUCCUGCGCCUUCAACACCUGCGGCGGCGGCGACAGCGACCGUAACCGACGAGUCUUACGAUUUCCCGAGAUCUCACCAGCCGGGAGCAGCACCCGAAUUUAACACGAUAGACAAACAUCUUUACUCGAACGCUGCUCCGAGCAACGUCGUCGUCAUGGUCGAGGAGACGCGAGUAUUUCGUUAUGAUUUUCAGCAGGAAGAAGAACCAUCGAGUCCGCGUUCCGAAAGUUCAACGACUGCCACUUAUUCCAAUCUACCGAGUCCUCUGAUACGCGACAACAAUGACUCCUCGACGACCUCGACAUCGACGACGACGGCGACAAUGACAAUGGCACCGCCACCGCCACCACCAAUCGUUUACCGCGAAUUAAAGCCAGGAAGAAAAACUAGUGACUCUACGUCGGUCAUAAGCAACGAACCCUCCCCAGGACCAGUGGCGGCGGCGUUGAGCUUGGAAAUGAGCUCCGCCGAACAUUCUCCUGCAGAACCACCGAGUAUAGACAGGAAGUUGAAACCUCCGUUAAAUAAUAAAUCUCCUGUGGAAGGACCGUUGCAAUUAGCUUCACCACCUGGAAGAGGAGGAAGGAUCAGAGCGGCUUCUAGUCCUACGCCACCGACGACUCAUGGACAUUCGAAUCGACAUUUGUCAACGUCGGAUGAAGAUAAUAAUACUUUCGACGAUAGGGAAGAGAUAUACUACUACCAGCAGGAUCAAAACACGUUUAUUCCUGCGUCGUCGAAUCGUCGCCUCGUUAUGUUGCAAUACCUGGAUCUCGAUUUAGAGGCGACCGAAAACUUUACUUCCUCACUCGGUUUACCACAGACUCAAUCCCCACCCAAUACGACCGUGUAUAAAACUGUAGACUUCCUGAAAACCGAAGCGUUCAAUCGUACCCGUCAACGAGUCGAAGAGGAGAGGAAGCAGUGUACGGAUGAACUGGCCUAGCCCCAAUUAUAUUUCUGUUUUCGUUUUUUCCCCUAUGUGACGCCCGGUGAUGACGACACAAAGGAGGAUUCGCAGGAAUUUUUCACGUAGCGUAUAAAUAUCGUUAUGAAGUACAUACACGUAGCAGGAAAACUGCGAAACUCACGCAGUACUUAGCGCGUGCUUCAAGCGCUUUCGAGAUAUUUUCGAUAUUUGUUCUAAAAUCAAAGAUCGAAUUCGAAAGCUUCGUCGUACCAGGUCGUACACGAUAGUUGGUAACUGAAGAGAGCAAUAUUCAAUGGACCAAAAAUAGAAUGUUAAUGAAGAGACAAAAUGUAACUAUAGUACUUUCACACGGAACUAGUGAUCCAAAUUGUUAACAAGUUUUUAAUUAAGGAAGUAAGUAUCGCAUCGUAUUCAGAUACGUGAGAGUCGCAAUUCGUUUCCUUUACUGCACGUGGUUUCGGAUGUACGGAUGUUCCAGGACGAGAAAGAGACAUUCGUAUUCUCGAUUAUACACAACGACUUGAUUUAUAUGAGUGUAGGUAUAUCGCCGAUAUUGCCGAGGAUUUUAAACAUUCUAAUUUUAAGUAUUCUACAAACAAUGUGUAAUAUAUGUUUAAAGUGCCUGAAUCAAUAGUUUUCUUUUCGCGAAGAGUUCGUCACUUCGUUGCUGCAUAACAGCGAAGUGUAUUAUAUUUAUGCUUAAAGACAUGGUAGGAAAAGUGUAUGCUUAAAGACAUGGUAGGAAAUUUCCUCAUUCAGUCAGAAACAAUAUAUGUACAUAGAAAUUUACAUCCUUUUCGACUGAUCCAAGUAUACAUAUUAAUUUGUGAAUAGUUUUUCUAAGAAUUUUAUUUUUUUUAACAUA